ACUUUGUCACGAGUCAUGACACCUCCGUUUAUGCUCCAACACUAUAAAUACGUCGGGUAGCUCACCCUUUCACCUGCAACUCUGCAAUAGCUAGCUUGCAACCUCGCAUUCUCGCUUCAGGACCUUUGCUCUCUGACAAACCUAAGCUCGAUCAUGCCUGUCAAUAUGAUCUCCAAGUUACUUGAGAAGGCUGUUCUUCCAGCACUGGAUGUUGCACCUCCUGUAAAAAUAGGAGGGCCUCGGCGUACGAGCGUGCUGCGCAAUCCAAACAUGGAGAAGCUUCAGAAGGGGUACUUAUUCCCAGAGAUUAGCAUCAAACGUGAGGAACACCUGAAGAAGUACCCAGAUGCGAAGGUGAUAAGUUUGGGUAUCGGCGACACAACUGAACCCAUACCAAGCAUCGUAACAUCAGCUAUGGCUGAGUAUGCUCUUGCAUUGUCAACUCCUGAAGGAUACCAAGGUUAUGGACCAGAACAAGGCCACAAGAAUCUGAGGAAGGAAAUUGCUGACAAGGUGUACCCUGACAUGGGGAUAAAAGAGAGUGAAGUUUUCAUUUCAGACGGAGCACAGUGUGACAUUGCUCGUCUUCAGACGCUGUUCGGUCCAAACGUCACCAUUGCCGUCCAAGAUCCCACAUUUCCGGGGUACGUGGACAAUGGCGUGAUCAUGGGGCAGACCGGCAAGGCGGACGACGGCGGCAGGUACGCCGGCAUCGAGUACAUGCGGUGCGCGCCGGAGAACGCCUUCUUCCCGGACCUGUCGCGGGUGCGGCGGACCGACGUGAUCUUCUUCUGCUCGCCCAACAAUCCGACGGGGCACGCGGCGUCGAGGGAGCAGCUCCGGCAGCUGGUGGAGCUCGCGCGGCGGAACGGCUCCAUCAUCGUCUUCGACUCCGCCUACUCGUCCUACAUCUCCUCCUCCUCGUCGUCCUCCACGCCGAGGUCCAUCUACGAGAUCCCCGGCGCGAGGGAGGUGGCGAUCGAGGUGUCGUCCUUCUCCAAGUUCGCCGGGUUCACGGGCGUCCGGCUGGGGUGGGCUGUGGUGCCCGACGAGCUGCUCUACUCCGACGGGGUCCCCGUGGCGCGGGACUUCGACCGCGUGGUGUGCACGUGCUUCAACGGCGCGUCGGGCAUCGCGCAGGCGGGCGGGGUGGCGUGCCUGUCGACGGAGGAAGGCCGCGGCGCAGUGGCGCGGGUGGUCGGGGUGUACAGGGAGAACGCGCGGGUGCUGGUGGAGACGUUCAGGUCGCUGGGGAAGGAGGUGCACGGCGGCGGCGACGCGCCGUACGUGUGGGUGAGGUUCCCGGGGCGGCGGUCGUGGGACGUGUUCGCGGAGAUCCUGGAGAAGACGCACGUCAUCACCGUGCCUGGCAGCGGGUUCGGCCCCGGCGGCGAGGGCUUCAUCAGGGUCAGCGCCUUCAACAGCAGGGACAAGGUCCUCGAAGCGUGCCAACGCCUCAAAAGCUUCCUCGCAUGAUGACAUUUUCUUCAGUUAUACAUGUACUACUACAUACAUACAUACAUACUCACUCCAGACUCGUAAAGAAAGUCGUUUAGGACAAUAUUUAAGUCAAACCUUAGGAAUAUAAAUCAUGAAUAACUCUCAAUUUGUUGAGUUUGAAAAUGUAAAAAUUAUAUGAAUAGAUUUGUCUUGAAAAAUACUUUUAUAAAAGCAUACAUAUAUCACUUUUUAAUAAAUAUUUUUAUAGAAACAAGAAGUCAAAGUUAUGUUUUAUAGACCGUGUCGCUGUCCUAAACGACUUCCUUUACGAGUCUGAAGGGAGUACGUAAUAGCUUUGCGGUGAGCUGACAUUUAUACCGUCUCUGACCGGCCAAGUCAUGAAGUCAAAAGUAAUGCAGGUGUUAUGUAUCAAUCAAAAAUACAUGUAAGAUCAUAGCUCAAUUUGGAAUAAUACAAAGUGAUUUCAGGUA